AACUUUUACAAAUCAAUUGCCUAAACACCCUGUAAUGUGAACAACUCUUAAUGUAGGCACAUCUCUUUGUGGCCAUUUCACAUGUAAACAUCUCUCACUAUGAGCCAGAUUCAUCCUUAAUGGUUUCCAUAGAUAAGACUGUACUGAAAGCAAAAGGUGAAUUACUUGCGAUCGGCCAACUGAAUAUCCAAGGAACACUAAUACAAAUCUCAAGUUACACCAAGGAAGCUCUUACACCACCCGAAAGAGUGUCGAUUCAUGGUAUACCACUCCACAUUUCGAAUUCAGAAGUGGAAGGUUGGAUUGCUGAGAUGGUAAACAUCACUUCGCCAGUACAAUAUGCCAUGAAAGGGACAGAUAAAAUGAAGAUAAAUACAGGAAAUAGAUUCUGCUACGGUCAUGUUAAGGAUGAUGUUAUACUCCCUAGGUACAACCGACUGCCUCUGAACAACCCAUUUGACAAUGAAGCAAUAAUCGAGUAUGAGGUUACUGUCUACAUCAAUUCACAGCCAAUCAAUUGUGCACGAUGUCUUGAAUUAAACCACAUGAGUAGAGAGUGCCCAAGCAAGAAACCACAGUGUCGAAAAUGUGGCCAGAUAGGGCAUAUCGCUCGCCUGUGUACUCAGCAGGAGCAGGAUGAUGAUGAUGAUAUUGCAGAGCCCAAGCAGCCAGAUGAUGAUCAAUCACAUGAUGGUGAAGCAGGUACCAAAUCAGAAGAAGUUGCUAGCGAGAAAUCAGAAGAAGAAGAGGAGGAGGAUCAGCCAGAGACAAUACCAGAAAAAAUCUAUCCGCUUUUUGACAAAAAUGUAAAGGAUGCAAAGUCAAGAAAUAUGAAUAGUGACAAAGUGAAAAAAGCAAAAGCAAAACCAGAAUUGACAAACACCAAAACACCAUUGAAAACAGCAAAAGACUUAAACAAAAAGAGACCACCACACUUUACACCGCCCAGUGUAGAGAAAAGUGGAAAACAAGGAAAAGUAUCUUAA